CUUCCGGGUUCGGCAAUUAACUUGGAGCCGGGUGCGUUGGAUCGGUCCUGUAGGGCCUUGUUCCGAAGCUCCGCCUUCGAUUCGUUCUUUCUAGAAACCCAGCUUUUGAGCUUGGCUGUGCGGGACAGCGUCCCAGGCGCGCGUGUGAGCCCCGCAUGGCGGAUACAGCUCCGAAUGGCCCCCAAGGGGGCGCGGUGCAAUUCAUGAUGGCCAACAAACUGGACACAGCAAUGUGGCUUUCUCGCUUGUUCACAGUUUACUGCUCUGCUUUGUUUGUUCUGCCUCUUCUUGGGUUGCAUGAAGCGGCAAGCUUUUACCAACGUGCUUUGCUGGCAAAUGCUCUGACUAGUGCUCUGAGGCUGCACCAGAGAUUACCACACUUCCAGUUAAGCAGAGCAUUCCUGGCCCAGGCUUUGUUAGAGGACAGCUGCCACUACCUGUUGUAUUCACUCAUCUUUGUCAAUUCCUACCCAGUUACAAUGAGUAUUUUCCCAGUUUUGUUAUUUUCUUUGCUUCAUGCUGCCACAUACACGAAGAAGGUCCUUGAUGCUAAGGGUUCAAAUAGUUUACCUCUGCUGAGAUCUGUCUUGGAUAAAUUAAGUGCUAAUCAACAGAAUAUUCUGAAAUUCAUUGCUUGUAAUGAAAUAUUCUUGAUGCCUGCUACAGUUUUUAUGCUUUUUAGUGGUCAAGGAAGUUUGCUUCAGCCUUUUAUAUACUAUAGAUUCCUUACUCUUCGGUAUUCCUCUCGAAGAAAUCCAUAUUGUCGGACCUUGUUUAAUGAACUGAGGAUUGUUGUCGAACAUCUAAUAAUGAAACCUGCUUGCCCACUGUUUGUGAGAAGACUUUGUCUCCAGAGCAUUGCCUUUAUAAGCAGAUUGGCACCAACAGUUGCAUAGUUUAACAACCAGCUAAGUUAGAUAUAAUAUAAAUAAGCAUUAUUAGCUGCUGGUACUUUUGCUAGGGGUGGUUAAUUCCAGGUGUAAAACUGACCUCAAUGCAAUUUAUAUAAUUAACAUAAAUGCAUCUCAGUAGAAAAAUAAUCAUUUUCCUGGCAUGUUAAAUCAAGCCUUUUAAACAUUUUCUGAGAAACUUUUAUUGUAAUGUAUUGUUAAUAGCUAAGGAAGUCUGGAUCUUGUGAUAAAUGUAUCAAAAAUUCUUUAGAUGCUGCUGUGCCUUUAUCAUGAAGUUCUUUAUUUCUCUAAAAAUAGCUCUAAAAUUUGUUGCAAUCUAAUUGGUAAUCUGAAUUUGUAUCUGGCAUGAGUUCAUUAAGAUAAUAUUAACAUGUAAAUUCAGUAUAUUUUGAGACAGUAUUCUUUUGCCAUUCAGUAAUUUUGGUUGAUGAUUUUAACAGAAACAUUUUGCACUGUAUUUAAUUUCAGAUUGUUUUUAAAGUGACUUUGUGCCGCUUUGUGAGGACAGAUUUAUUUUGGAUGUACCAUUAUAAGAGGAAUUUUAUGUGUGUCUUAUGCUAAUGACCUUCCAAAUUUUUAUUUUCAUAAUUACUUCUUUGGCUUUGAAUUUUUUUUUUUAAAGCCCAACUGUAAGCUAGUUAGCUGAUUGGGUAUAAAUUUUUGGGGUCACCUAAGUGUUUUAUGUCAGAGAGAAGCAGUAGUCGGUAGUUUUCCUUUCAGAGACCCACUGAAUAAUAUUUCUCAAGUAGGAAAUCCUUCUCUUAGAAAUGUGGACACAUAGCUUUUAGUAUUAUUGUAGUUUACAGAAUUAGGGCAGAUUCUUGACUGCCGGUUUUCUCAGUUUCUUACUUAGGCUUGAAUUUCCAUAGACAAUUGUAGCUGUUCACAUGCCUUUUGAAAGGAAUGUAACUGAAGAUUGAGUGUAUGACUAAACUUGGUGUCUGUUCUGAAAUAAUAAUGAAGAUUACACAAUACCCAUCAAAUCCGAUUUAAAAGACUAAAUAGAAAGGUUUAUAGGUAAGGUUAUUGAUUGGCAGUGGGGCUGGAAGAAGAGUUGUGGGAGAAAUAGUGUGCAUUUCAAUUUUGUAAUGCAUAGAUAAAUUUGGGGAAAUUGGAUGUAUUAUGCAACUGUGAUUUGAGUUGUAUAAUAUGUUAAAUCCAUUCGUUGAGCUUCCAUCAACUUUUAUAAAAUUCAUUCUGAUCUUUUACUGUUGCAUGGUUGGAAAUGUUUAAAAUAUUGCAAAAUGUCAAUAUAGAGUCAUGUAAUGGUUUUUGUAACCAGUUUUCUUCUGUCUGCAUGUAACUUGGAUUUUUCAAAUACACUCAGUGACUUAUCAGUAACAUCAGUUUUCUUUUUAUUCAACUUUUCAGUCUAUGGAAAUGUGAUACCUACUCAAUAGCUCAACUAUAACCAGCUAUUUUUGUAAUUUUGUAAUAUUUAUCUACUAAGUUAGAGAAGUAGCCUCAUAAUAUACAGUCGAUUAUGUGUGUGUAGUGUGUGUAUGUGUGUGUGGCCAGUCUUAUCACUAUAUAUGUAAUUUGAUGGUUUUAAAAACUAACUUUUCUAGAGCAAUAAAGUAACUGUAACGUUAA